AUGACAGGUGUUCAGCUUCUUGCCAUUUGGUUCGUCCCUGAAAGCCCAAGAUGGCUUAUCAGCAACGAUAGGAGCGAAGAGGCUCGCAAAAUUUUGAUCAAAUUCCACGGGAAUAAUAAUCUGGACGAUGAGUUUGUUCGAGGGGAGUUCUCUGAAAUUGUAAACCCAUUAAAGUUGGAAAAUGAGUCUUCUGGGAGUGGUUGGCUAGACAUGGUAAGGACGAAGGGAAACCGGAAACGAUCGACAACGGCCUUGUAUCUUACUACCUCAAUUACACAAUCUUAUAUUAACGGCGCUCUGACAAUAUGGUGCUGGGUCGUAUCAUUGGGAGCCUCUUUUCUCGUUGAUCGAGCCGGGCGCCGAGUGCUCUUCCUCUUUGCUGGGGUUGGGAUGCUGAUAACCUUUACUAUUCGGACGGCUUGCAGUGUGGUUUACGCUAAGACGUAG